ACUUUAGUUUAUAUGUGGUCAAAAGAUGCAAAAACAAAUUAGUGAGGCACUAAAUAUGGAGAAAGUGCAUAGUGAAGUGACUAUCAACAAAUCAAGUGUCCGACUGCAUCAGUGACUGAGUGGAGAAGAAAACAAAGCUUUCGAUCUGACUGUAACCAUGGGAGCAAGUGAAAAAGUAAAAGCAGGUGAAUGCAAAUCGAGUUUAUGGCUAGCAUCAAACCCUAGCAAGCGAUGGGGUGAACUGUUCUUCCUUUUCUACACACCCUUUUGGCUCACUCUUUGUCUCGGUAUUGUCGUCCCUUACAAGCUCUACGAGGAUUUCAAGGAGUUGGAGUACUUGCUUCUAGGACUUGUUUCUGUGCUUCCUGCUCUUCUUAUACCAAUAUUUGUGGUUGGAAAGGCUGAUCGUAGCCUUGACUGGAAGGAUCGAUAUUGGGUGAAGGCAAGUUUAUGGAUAAUUAUCUUUGGUUACGUUGGAAAUUACUUUUGGACCCAUUAUUUUUUCACAGUGCUUGGUGCUUCCUACACCUUCCCGUCAUGGAAGAUGAACGACGUACCCCACACGACUUUUUUGUUGACAAUUGUUUGCUUCUUGUUUUACCAUGUGACAUCAAAUUUAACACUUCGUAGGCUACAACAUUCUGUUGCUCAUUUGCCGGUGAAAACACAGUGGAUUAUUAAAUCCGCAUGGAUUCUAGCUCUUUCCUACUUUAUUGCUUACCUGGAAACCGUGGCUAUUUCAAACUUUCCUUACUAUUCGUUUGUGGACAGAACAUUAAUGUAUAAAGUUGGUUCUUUGUUUUAUGCCAUCUACUUUCUUGUAAGCUUCCCUAUGUUUCUAAGGAUUGAUGAGAAGGCAGAAGAUUUAUGGGACCUACCAAGAGUGGCUGUUGAUGCUUUAGGGGCUGCCAUGCUGGUUACCAUAAUACUGGAUCUAUGGCGCCUUUUCUUGGGCCCCAUCGUUCCUAUUCCCGACACCAAACAGUGUGCUCAACCUGGUCUCCCUUGGUUCCCGGGCCACACCGAACUCUAAUUUAGAUUUUUUCAUCAAAGUUUGGAAGCGUUGUAAUAGCAUCCAGAUGUGAUUUUAUUUGUUGUUUCAGUCAUUAAUUUAAACUUAAGGUUUGGUGCAUACAGUUGCGCAAAUGUAUCAUGUAUUAUCUCAUUGCAUCAUGUAUGGGUUUUAGGGUGGAAUGCCAAUGUUACUUUUAGGAGUGUC